GGGUGCUGGGGGGGGGGGUCCCAGCACCCAAACCACCCCCCCCCGUUCCCCCCCGCCCCCCCAGGAGCGCCCCCCGCCGCGCCACCGACACCGUGGAAGUGGAGUGUGAGGAGGACGAGGAGGGCCCAGCGCACACAGGCGGCUCGGCGGAGCGCAGGCUGGGCCGCCAGGGCGCCCAGGAGCUGGACGGCUCCUCCCGGCGGCCGCCGGAGCAGGAUGAGGCCCCUUCCUCCCAGCAGCCCCUGGGGCCGGCGGGCCCCCCCGGGGCCCCCCCCCAGCACCCGCCGCUGCGCCCCGAGCUCCCUGCAGGCAGAAUGACGGGCAGCAACCCGGUGUCCCCCGCCUCCUCGGGCUCCCCCGGCAGCGUCUCGCCCCCCGCCUCCUCCCCCGCCGCCCCCUCCCGGCCCGAUGGCCCCCCCGGCCCCCCGGAGCCCCCCAGCCUCUGGGACAAGACCCACGCCGAGAUCGCCGAGCAGGCCAAGCAUGAGGCGGAGGUGGAGCACCGCGUGGCCGAGAUGAAGCGCGAGGGCUUCUGGUCGCUGCGGCGCCUGCCCAAGGUGCCGGAGCCGGCGCGCCCCAAGGUGCACUGGGACUACCUCUGCGAGGAGAUGCAGUGGCUGGCCGCAGACUUCGCCCAGGAGCGCCGCUGGAAGCGCGGCGUCGCCCGCAAGGUGGUGCGGAUGGUGAUGCGGCACCACGAGGAGCAGCGGCAGAAGGAGGAGCGGGCCAAGCGGGAGGAGCAGGCCAAGCUGCGCCGCGUGGCCGCCGCCAUCGCCAAGGAGGUCAAGCAGUUCUGGAGCAACGUGGAGAAGGUGGUGCAGUUCAAGCAGCAGUCGCGGCUGGAGGAGAAGCGCAAGAAGGCGCUGGACCUGCAGCUCGACUUCAUCGUGGGGCAGACGGAGAAGUACUCCGACCUGCUCAGCCGCAGCCUCAACGCCCCCCGGCACCGCCCCGCCCCCGCCGCCCGCGGGGAGGACGAGGACGGGGACUUCGAGCCGCAGGAGCAGUCGGACGACGAGGCCACGCUGGAGCGGGAGGAGCGGCGGGCGGGCGCCGACCCCGCAGCGCGGCGCCGCGAGCUCGAGCUGCUCAAGCGCGAGGGGGAGCUGCCCCUCGAGGAGCUGCUGCGCUCCCUGCCCCCCCAGGCGCUGCUGCGCAGGGACAAGCGGCCCUGGGAGCCCCGCGAGGAGGACGAGGAGUUCGCGGCCGAGGAUGAGGAGGGCGAGGACGAGGAGGAGACGAUCGCGGCGCAGGAGCGCCUGGAGGGCGACGUGGACCACCAGCAGGAGCUGGACGACCUGGCCCGCGAGGGCGCGCUGCCGAUGGAGGAGCUGCUGCAGCAGUACGCCGGCGCCUUCGCCGACUCCGACUGCGACUCCCCGCGGGGCGCCAGCAGCACCCGCUCGGAUUCCCCGGCGGCCGACAGCGACGAGGAAGAGGAGGAGGAGGAAGACGAGGAGGAGGAGGACGAGGAGGACGAAGAGGACGAGGAGGAGGAGGAGGACGAGGAGGAGGAGGAAGAGGAGGAGGAGGAGGAGGACGACGACGACGAGGCCGAAGCCCCGCGGCCCCCCCCCGCCCCCGAAGCCGCCUCCCCCGCCGCCGGCGCCGGAGCACCCCGGGGGGCCCCCCCCACCGCCCCCCCGCCGCCCCCGGCCCCCAAAAAAGAGAUCACCGACAUCGCCGCCGCCGCCGAGAGCCUCCAGCCCAAGGGCUACACCUUGGCCACCACCCAGGUGAAGACGCCCAUCCCCCACCUGCUGCGGGGGACGCUGCGGGAGUACCAGCACAUCGGGCUGGACUGGCUGGUCACCAUGUACGAGAAGAAGCUCAACGGCAUCCUGGCCGACGAGAUGGGGCUGGGCAAGACCAUCCAGACCAUCUCCCUGCUCGCCCACCUGGCCUGCGAGAAGGGUGAGGGGCACCCAAGGGUGCAGGGGGGGGCGCCUCCCCCCGGGGCGGGGCGUCCUGGGGCUCUCCCGGGGCGUCUGGGGGGGGUCGCGCGUGGUUGGGUUGAGGUAGGUCAAGGCUGGGUCGGGCUUCGUGAGGUUUUGGGGCCUGCCUAGGUAGGCUUUGGGCAC